AUGUUGACACUGCACCAUCACAGUGUGACUGACAAGAAUGAUGUCCCUCCAAGAAGGUGUUAUAUCAAGUUGAGGAAGCCCAAGGCCAUGAAGAUUGUUGCCAAGGCAAUCAAGUUAAAAAUGCACACUGCACAUACUACCUCUGAGGAUCAAGAUGAUGACAUUGGCAACACUUUUGAGAAGAAUGAGGAGCUCAACAGGAACCAAAGUCCUUUUGAGGAGAAUGAGGAGCUUGACAGGAACCAAGUGUUUGUCGACAGGCAGGAUACUGAUGUCAACUGUGAUGACUUCACUGAGGAGAUCACAUACAUGGAGGACAAUGAUAUCUCCAAUGCUGAGGAUCCUUGCAAGCACCAAGGAUAUCUGUUGUCUUCUGAUGAUGAGUUCAAUAGACCACACAAUUGCAAACAGAAGCACAACACUGACAAUUUAUCAGAAGACUUGCCUUCACCACAACAAUAUGAGCCACAACUGCCACACAAAAUUCACAAGAGCAAGGGUCAUGUUGCAGCUUGCAAUUAUGAAGUGGCAGUCCAACAACUCAUCAAAUUUGCUAUCGGAGAUUUUCGUGGCUGGCUUGCAUCUCAGAAGUUCCAUGCACAGACUAAAGACCAUGAGAUCCUCAAUGCUAUCCUCAAUAACAUCAAUGACAAUGGCAGAUCACAUGCCAGAGUGGAUAUGACAGAUGUUGCACAUGGAGACUACCUGUCUGAAGAUGAGAUAACUAACACAAUUCAGGAAUACAUGCAGGUGGGUGAUGGCAGGAAUGAGAGUGAUGAUGCAGAUGAGUUUUAUGGUGAAUCUGAAGACAAUGAAGUCAAGCACGAGUAG